GGCUGGAGAGGUGGAACUGUAUGUUGUAAACUAGUCAGCGAUUACGCACUCUCCCAAGACACAAUUGAACUCGUAGGGAACUAUUUGAUCAGUUCUUAGGAACAUACAAGAACAACAUGGCACUGGAACAUAACAUGUUGGCCUAUCUACUUUUCAGUUGUAUUGAAUUACAUUUAAUUUGUUUUGAAAUGCACUCUGUAGUGUGAACAUGUAUGUGGACUAUCGGCCCACUGGAUUUUGCGUUAGUUGGCUGCCUGAGCGUUGUUCUAGCAACUUCGGAUACAAUGUGACUUUUCCAAGUGUCUCUGGUGUCAGUACUGAUCAAUGUUCAUGAUGAGUUGCGGAAAUGAACCAGCACGUGCUGUGCUCCUGUUGUGUUUGCUGCUGCUCCUGCACGCGGCGGAGGAGAAACCACGCGCUAAACUAACUGUCACUGAGAUUCAACACCAUAAUGGUUCCACCUGGAACUUGGAGAGUCUUCCCCAGCUGAGUCUGUCCACCUUCCGGUUCUCUCCAUCACAAGGCUCCUGUUCUGCUUGUGUCCAUGUCCGUGUCAGAAUGAAAGCUGCAGACUUUACUGGGACACUGACUAUUACCUACCUGGAGCUGUCAACUAGUACUCACAGAAUCAUCUCCAUAGAAAAUGUAAAAAAUCGCACUUUACAGUGGAGAGGCCCGCUUCCAUUCAACGGAGGAAAGACCAAAAUCAAACGUUUACGUCUUCAUAAUAUUGGCCAUCAAAUUUUGUGGGAGUUGGUGUAUGACUGUUUCCCGGCCGAUGCAGGGCGACAAGUGUAUGUGUCUUUGUCCUCCAAACCAAAGAGAGAAGACAGGUACAUCGUACAAGACAUCUGUCCAGAUCCAGUGCCGGAGUUUGACCUGUUUGUUGAUGAGCUGGCUCGAUCCCUCACUGUAACUGUAGCCACUGGGGACCACAUGUACCAGCCGGCUCUCUCACCUGAAGUGUACACCAGGCUGUGCUACAGACAGACAGACUCAGAAUGCUCCAACCUUUCUCCUCUUACCACUAUUGACACCAAUCAGGCAUUGUCAGUGACUCUCAGGUUCCCCUACCUGCUUCGCUGUGUCUGUGUACAGGUAUAUUACACACACCUGGAUGCAAGGCGAACCACAGUUUGCCCAUUUGUGAACAGCUCAUUAGGUGAGGGCAGAGAUGUGUGGCGCUCCAGUUUUGUGACUCUGUAUGGUGAGUUGGGUUCCGACCUGGCAUGGAGUUCCCCGUGUCCUGCUGCUUACCUGAAGCUCUCUGCCUCCCUCUGCUGGCAACACCAGAGAAACACAUCCCACUGCAUUCCCAUCUUCAACUCCACACUGGAGGACAUAGUGGAGAAGAGAGAUCUGAAAUAUAAUGUUUCUGCUGUGGAUAAACACCCUCAGAUGUGUGUGCAGUUGUCCUUCAGAAGCAGUUUUGAUGUCCACUGUCCAUUCCUGCCAGGUAUGUCUAAGUGGGAGGCAUAUGUUGGUCCUGGUUCACAGAGUCUCCGUGUCUAUCUCACUUCCACUAUCCCAGCAUCCUUUGCUGCUCAACUCUGUGUAUGGCAGGACAAGGGAUGUGUGUCCAGAGGAGCUAUCUACUUAGUAAACAUGGGUGGGGGCACCAGAGAGACACAGCUAAACCUGCCCUUAUCCUUCCUAACUGAGAGACUAUGUGUGCAGGUGUGGCGGUCAGAUCCUCCACAGUAUGGGAGGAGAAUACUCUGUCCUGACUAUUCCCACAGGAGAUGGGGUCUCUAUGCUGUUGCAGCCUUGACACUUCUGGUUAUUGUGGCAAUGCUGGGACGCCUCAUAUACUAUGUGACCAAGAAUGGAGUCACAGGUUGGCUGUUCAUCCAGAGGCCUGUGUUGUUGGUGUGUUCCUCAGAGCUGUCAACCCAUGUGUCUCCCGUGUGUGCUUUGGCCUCCAUUCUACAGGGAGAGCUGUGUGCUGACGUGCGCAUGGCUCUGUGGGCCCAGAUCUCCAAUGGGGAUGGUCCUGGGGCUAUGGAGAGGUCUGGGGCUGGUGUGGCUGAGCUGGGCCCUGUGCCCUGGAUGUAUGGACAGUGGGAGGCAGUCAGAGAGGCAGGAGGCCGGGUGCUGAUCAUAUGGAGCCCAGAGGCUAAGGAGUCCUACAAGAGCUGGAGAGAAGAGCGAGAUGGAGGGAAUAGGAGAGAUGAGAAAAAGAUAGGAGGGAGUAAAGGAGAGGAGAUGCGACAAGGGGAGAGUGGAGGAGAGGAGCUGAAAGGACUUGAGUUAACAAGAGAUAUACAGGAGCAAGCAGGAAUGGAGAAAGGAGUGGAAUGGAAAGAGGAAGGUAGGAGCGGAGAGGAGGAGAGGGAGCCCUCCUCAGUGACGGGGCCGGUGUUCAGGGCUGCCCUGUCCUGUCUGCAGGGGGCACUACAGGGGACAGGCAAGAGCCACGGCUUUGCCCUUGUCUACUUCCAGGACCUCUGUCACAGCCGAGACAUCCCCAAAGACCUCAGAGGUGUCCCGCGCUACUGCCUGCCUCGGGAUUUUGGGGGACUGAUACGAGAGCUGGGCGGGAUGGCUAGAGGAAGGAACAAUGUGAUUGGCAGCUGGCACUGCUGGCUCAGACUCCUCUCCAAAACAUUGUCGCUUUGGUUGGCACGACAACUAACUCACAAGGUGAGUUGCCACGGACGCACCCACAGGAAGAAGAGGGUCCAAAACUGAAAUUGUCGCAGAAAGUGAGGUCAGAGAGGACACUAAGCAGGCAUGUGUCGCCACUGUCAACCAAUUAAGAGAGGACAGAGCCAAGCACUUUGCAGGAGGAGUCACUCAGCGGGCCACCGUGGUGAUGAGGCAGGGCAUCUCAGGUUUGACCUUUUAUACAGGCUUUUUUUUAAU